AUGAUCAGAGACUGGUUUUUUGAGCCCAAGCUAAGAUCCUUAAGCAGUCCCAAGAAUUGUCAACCAGCGCAAGGAGGACGGCGCAGAAUUGGACUCAGCCUCGAGGACUCAAGCAUCUCAUCCAACAAUUUGAUCUGCUCCCUGUCCAUCGUCAACUUUGGGACGCGACCCGUCCAGCUGUGCUACCAACUCCUUUUGUUCCUUGUGGAGCUCCUUGACCGGCCCAACUUCUUCAACCAAUCUUCCCCCACAUCCUCCAAAACACGCUCGACGCAGACCAAGAAACUUGAGGAACUUGGCUUGAUCUUACGCUCAUUCAUUUCCCGGCUCACCCUGGUCACUCCUAAGUACUGCUCACAAAACGCUAUCACCGCCCUAAUUGUCCUCCUAGGUGCAUCCUCAUCAUCGCUCUCCAAGGGGCUCAAUAACCCUGGCCUUUGCGUCUGGACUCUGUUGAUACUAGGCUAG